UGCUUAACUUUUCUCAUAGUUUCAGAAACAACUAGCUAGCUGAGAGUAUCUUGACUUUGAUAACUCACUAGUGAUCACUACCUUCUUGUCUUGUACCCCUCUGGCCCAUCACUUCUGCUAACCCCCUUGCUUAAAACCCUCUCUUCAAUAGCCAUUUCUAAAGCAAAACCAGAGAGAGUUAGAGGAGAGCGAGAGAGUGAUUGAGCGAGCGAUGGCUGGGAACUUGAACACGAAUACCUUGUUCGUAGAACAAGCCCCAGAAACAAUUGAGAAGGGAGAUAUAGGCAAGAACUUGGACGACGAUGGACGCUUCAAAAGAACAGGAACACUCCUAACUGCAAGUGCCCAUAUCAUAACUGCUGUGAUUGGGUCUGGAGUGCUGUCUCUCGCAUGGUCCAUAUCUCAGUUGGGUUGGAUAGCUGGGCCAGUUGUUCUCGUGGUGUUCUCUUUCAUUACCUAUUUCACUUCCACUCUACUUGCCGAUUGUUAUAGGUCACCCGAUCCAAUCACUGGGAAGAGAAACUACACCUACAUGGAUGUUGUGAGAGCCAACUUAGGAGGUAUGAAGGUUCAGCUGUGUGGGAUCGCUCAAUAUGGAAAUCUCAUAGGGGUCACGAUCGGAUACACAAUCACGGCUUCUAUCAGUAUGGUUGCCGUACGACGGUCAAACUGUUACCACAAGCACGGCCAUCAGGCGAAGUGCAACCCGUCAGACUACCCUUACAUGAUCAUCUUCGCCUGCAUCCAGAUCGUUCUGAGCCAAAUACCAAACUUUCACAAGCUGUCAUGGCUCUCUAUUCUCGCAGCUGUCAUGUCUUUCAGUUAUGCCUCUAUAGGCAUCGGACUCUCCAUUGCCAGGGUUGCAGGAGGGGCGCAUGCAAGGACAACGUUAACAGGAAGGACAGUUGGAGUGGACUUGUCAAGCUCAGAGAAGGUUUGGAGAACCUUCGAGUCCAUCGGAAAUAUUGCUUUUGCUUACGCAUACUCCACCGUCCUCGUCGAGAUACAGGAUACGCUAAAAUCAAGCCCCCCGGAGAACAAAGUGAUGAAGAAAGCUACUUUUGCGGGCAUCUCAACCACCAGCCUAUUCUAUGUCCUAUGCGGUUGUGUUGGUUAUGCAGCGUUCGGGAAUGAUGCACCAGGAAAUUUCCUCACCGGAUUUGGUUUCUUCGAACCCUUUUGGUUAAUUGACCUUGCUAAUGUGUUCAUCGCAAUCCAUCUAAUUGGGGCUUACCAGGUUUUCUGUCAGCCUGUAUUCGGAUUUGUGGAGAAGUGGUGCAACAAGCGUUGGCCUGAAAGCAAAUUCAUCACGACAGAACACUGCAUUGAUGUUCCGCUAUACGGCAUCUACUAUCUGAACCUCUUCAGGCUGGUGUGGAGAACAGUAUAUGUUAUAGUUACAGCAGUACUAGCCAUGUUAUUCCCAUUUUUCAAUGAAGUCAUGGGCUUCCUGGGGGCCGCUUCAUUUUGGCCAUUGACAGUAUACUUCCCUAUUGAGAUGCACAUUGCAAGAACCAAAAUUCCCAAAUUUUCUUUCACAUGGACAUGGCUGAAAAUAUUGAGUUGGACUUGCUUGAUGGUGUCAGUUGUUGCUGCUGCUGGAUCUAUUCAAGGCCUGAUCAAGGAAAUAGAGAAAUACAAGCCUUUCCAAACUCAGGAAUGAGUAGUCAGUAUAUUCACUAUAUUUUUGUCCAGAAAUUGAGAUAUUUUUAGAAUAUAAUUAUCUAGGCAGUUUGGAUGUAUUUUGUUUCUCAAAUAGAAUGGUCAGAUGACCAAUUUGGA